AUGCUCGCUGCCAGGACGUCGGCUGCACGUCGUGCGUCGCGUAUCGCGCGCAAUUUCGCUACCGUUAUUGACGCUGCCGGCGUGAAGGUCGCAGCGGUCGACAAUGGCGAAGCAACGUCCGCCGUGACCUUCCUGGUCAAGGCGGGAAGCAGAUUCGAGAGCAAGCCGGGUGUCGCUCACGCGUUGAAAGGUUUUGCUUUCAAAAGCACGGACAAACGUUCAUUCCUGGGCACCAUUCGUGAGGCGGAGUUGUAUGGCGGCGUGUUGUCGACGAGCUUGACGAGGGAGCACUUGGCCGUCAGCGCGGAGUUCUUGCGCGGAGAUGAGUCGUUCUUCGUGGACGUGCUCUCCUCCUUCCUCACCUCUGCCAAGUUCACCCGACACGAACUCGAAGAGUACGUCGCACCUCUAUGCGAGGCCGAGUCGACGACGGCCUUCACGAACCCUGCCAAUCGUGCACUCGACCUCGCGCAUCUGCUUGCAUUCCGCUCUGGUCUCGGCUCCUCGCCGUUCACGUCGCCCGGCACGCACGUCUCUGUCGACGACGUGCACGCGUACGCGAAAUCUGUUUUCACGACUAGUAACAUCGCCAUACUCGGUUCUGGUAUCGAUGCGUCCGUCCUGGAGAAGCUCGUUGGACAGUCCCUCAGCGGUGCCCUCACAGCUUCCUCUGCACCGACCAGCAGCCCGAGCGCAUACUUCGGCGGCGAGACGCGCAUCGAGGCCCAUGGUGCCCCCGAGACGGUCUUCAUUGGCUUCGGCACUUCUGGAGCGCCUGCAGCUGAGCUCGCAGUCCUGGCAGCACACCUUGACCCUGUGCCGUCCCUGAAGUGGGGCCAGAGCACUUCCCCUGUCGCCAGCGCCAUUCCCGUAGGUGCAUCUGUGAAGUCAGUGUAUCUUCCAUACUCGGAUGCCUCCUUGUUCGGUCUGCUUGUCCAGGCGGAGACUGCGGACGGGGUCAAGGCGGCAGGGAAGGCGGCGGUUGCAGCGCUCAAGGCGGCUGCAGAUCUCAAGAGUGAGGAACUGCAGAAGGCUGUUGCGAAAGCUAAGUUCACGGCUGCAAGCUUCCUGGACAGUCGUGAUGGUCUCAUCUCCUCGAUGGGUAUCCACGCUCUCGGCUCGCCAGCUACACUCGAUAGCACUCUCUCGAGCCUGGAUAAGGUCGAUGCUUCGGCGUACUCUAAGGCUGCAUCUUCCCUCAUCAAGGCCAAGCCCACGUAUGUCGCGGUUGGUGACAUCAAGACUCUGCCUUACGCGGAUGAACUCGGGCUUUGA